GGAAGUGCGUCAGAGGAGGCGCGGGGAGAGUAGGGUGCUGUGGUCUGAGCUAGAGGGUGAAGCUGGUGGAGCAAGAGCAUGGGCGAGCAGUCUGAAUGCCAGAAUGGAUAACCGUUUUGCUACAGCAUUUGUAAUUGCUUGUGUGCUUAGCCUCAUUUCCACCAUCUACAUGGCAGCCUCAAUUGGCACAGACUUUUGGUAUGAGUAUCGAAGUCCAGUUCAAGAGAAUUCAAGUGAUUGGAAUAAAAGCAUCUGGGAAGACUUCAUUAGUGAUGAGGCAGAUGAAAAGACUUACAACGAUGCACUUUUCCGAUACAAUGGCACAAUGGGAUUGUGGAGACGGUGUAUCACCAUACCCAAAAACACACAUUGGUACAGUCCGCCAGAAAGGACAGAGUCAUUUGACGUGGUUACAAAAUGUGUAAGUUUCACACUAAAUGAACAGUUCAUGGAGAAAUUUGUUGAUCCCGGAAACCACAAUAGUGGAAUUGAUCUACUUCGGACCUAUCUUUGGCGUUGCCAAUUCCUCUUACCUUUUGUGAGUCUGGGUUUGAUGUGCUUUGGGGCUUUGAUUGGACUUUGUGCCUGUAUCUGCCGAAGCUUGUAUCCCACCAUUGCCACGGGCAUUCUCCAUCUCCUUGCAGGUCUUUGUACACUGGGCUCAGUAAGUUGUUAUGUUGCUGGAAUUGAACUACUCCACCAGAAACUUGAGCUGCCUGAGAAUGUGUCUGGUGAAUUUGGAUGGUCCUUCUGCCUGGCUUGCGUCUCAGCUCCCUUACAGUUCAUGGCUUCUGCCCUCUUCAUCUGGGCUGCUCACACCAACCGGAAAGAGUACACCUUAAUGAAGGCAUAUCGUGUGGCGUGAAUGGAAACUGCCUGCUUUACAAUUGCCAUUUUUAUUAUUUUUUAAUAUUGACAUUUUACCUGGCCUCCCUCCCAGUUUUUAAUUUUAAUCUUCUUUGUGGAUAUACCAUUUUAUCUGGAAAAUCCAUUUAAUUUAUACAUAUAUGACACUAGAUAACAAUACCACUAAAAUUUAUGUGGUUUAUUCUGAGUGAUUCCGUCAUUUAAACACACUAAUCUAAGUUCAGAGUCCAGAUACAAAGACAUGGAUAGAGACUUGGCACAAAUUUGUGAAAGAAAAUUGGCAGCAGCAAAUUGACCCAGAACAAAUUCUGCUGAUGCCUGUUAGCAGGAAAAGUAAAGUAAUUACAUCUUUACAGCUAGAAACUUUUCAGUUUCUUUGGGAAACCUCUUGUUAUUGUUAGAACUUCAUGUUCACUUUGCUGUUGUAGAUAGCUAGUUAACCAGUGGUAUUAGGGUAUUUUCAGACCUGGGCUCCAUAAAGUUGGGAAACUAUCUAAAAUCCUUUUCCCUAGACAUUGUCACAUGAGUUCCUUUGAAGUGAGAUGUAGCAGCUGUUUAUACUUACACUGUGUCUGCCUAUAAGAAAAGGGAAAAAUACAGUGUUUACUUACAUUUAAUUUUGUAACUGUAAGAAUUUCAAUUCAGCCAGACAAGAAGGUUGAUCUUAUUUUAUUAUUUAGAUCUCUUCAUUAGGAUUUUCAGUGCUACCAAGCCACUUUGAAUUUUUGCUCCUUCCCUCUUCACGCUAGGUUUUUGAAGACUGUUCUUUUUAACUUUACAUUAAGAUUUCAGAGUAAAUUCCCCAACUGCUUUUAUUUAUUCCAAGUACCAUACAGAAGUGUCCACCACAAAGACCCUCCAGAGCUGGGUAAACUACCACAAGAUCUAAAGCUUUAUCCAUUAACCUCCAAGAAUGGUCUUUAUUUCUUGUGGUGAAAUUAUGUGCCUUUCCUUGCCUAACCCCUUACUGGUUUGUGUCAACAUUAUUUAAUGUCUUCUUAUUGAGUCAUUUUUUAUAAAUUUGUCUAAACAUUGAGCUUUUAAAUAUUUAUUCAUUCCAUUACUGUAGCACUUGACAGAUUUAAAAAAAUGUAACUUAGUAAUUUCUUACCAUAUCCUAAAUCUGUCUUUUUUAAAAAAAUAAAAUUAAAAAUGAGAAGAGACUCAAAUAAUUGUGUAUGGAGUAUCUGAAUUG